AAUAAUAAAAGUGUUAUUCUAACGUAGUACCAACAGGUUCUAAACCAAACAGUGUUUAUAGUGUUGCACGCCGCAUUACAAAAAUGACCUCGAAAUUUUUUUAUCUACACAUUCUAAUAAUUUUAACGCUCCUCCAAUUGAUUACUGCAAAUGAAGAUGAAAGUCCGAUAAAAUUGGAAGUGGCUCGCGGUUCGCGUACUUGCCGUCGUUGCGUCGGGAAACUGCAGUCUACAGGCCUUAUUAAACAGUUGAAGACCUUGAGAAUUAAUAGGCGUUGGGAAAAUGAAAAAGAAUUUCGCAAGGGUAUACGUUUUAAAUACUAUCGUGAUGGUGAAAAGGUUUACGAAAGCGCCAGCGAUGAUCCCAAAGCUUUGACCAAAUCUGGCUGUUCGCCUGAUGAUAAAUUUGCAUUUAUUUUGCAUGGUUGGCGGCAAAGCUGCGAAACGGAAUGGGUGCUCACCCUUAUUGAACGUCUCACGUAUCAUCGUGGCGGUUGCAUUGUGUGCAUAGACUAUGAAGUCUUCGCCAAGGACUCUUAUAUGUGGUUAUAUAGAAGCUUUCGACGCAUUUCCAAUAUAAUUACAAAACGAAUGUUGCUUCUAAUUAACGAAGGCUUCAAUCCCGAUAAUGGUUAUAUGUUCGGUUUUAGUUUCGGCGGACAGCUGGCAUCGGCAAUUGGACGUAGUUUGAGUGAACGAUAUCUCUUUCGCAGCAUUGAUACUUGUGACAUGGCUGGUCCCGGUUUCGAUGUCUUCAUUAACAUCGAUCAUCGUGAGGCUGCUCGUCACGUACAGUGCUUGCACUCUAGUCGCGAUAAGGGCACACAAAUCUACACUUGCCAUCAGAAUGUCAGAUUGGGUAGCUGUGGCCACUACCAACCAGCUGCCUCCAGUCAACCCUACUACAGCAGUCAUGGUUUAUGCGUACAAAUAUAUAUAAAUGCCUUCGAUUAUCCCUUCUAUGCGAUGCAAUAUGAACCAACAUGGUGUGCUUCAAAGCGGGCCGCCACAAAUAUACCGUACAAAUACACGAUUGGAUACAAUGAGACGCCUGAUUCUAAUAUUAGCGGUGAAAUUUUCGUGCCAACUAGCCUACAUUUCCCUUAUAAUUUUUCUGAGAAGGAGAUGCUAAUGUUGGGAUUUUUUGAUGAAAAUUCGGAAAUAUAAACCAAUAAUUCUUAAAUAAUCACUGGAAAAUGCGAAAUUUUCUGGCGGCACAGAAUGGAAUGAUGGAAUCCAAAUAACACCUUACAAUUGCCCACCAGCCAUGCAUACAGAUAAAUAUGCAUUUAAUACACAGAUAGUCAAACUGUCAGCGAAAGAUUUUUAACUGCACAUUUACUAAUAAAAUUACCCAUGCAUUUACAAAAAUAAAUAAAAACACUAAUUUGUAAUGAAAAUAAUUUUUUAAUAAAUGUAAUUUUAUAAAUUUAUUUAUUUAGUUUUUUUUGUUUAUAAAAACAAAAAAUAUUCACCAUCGC